AUGCCACAAAUGUUUCAUAUCAAAUUUAAACAUUCGUCUCCACAACAAGUGUAACAUUGACAAGAAAUGGGAACACUGAACCAAUGAUAGGUCUUUUCCAGCAGGCCAUUCUGAAAAAUUAUAUUGCACAAAACCUGAACAUCAUCUAAGAUGAAAUUUGUCUCAAUUGUACAAUGGAAAUCUAUCUACCAGGUCUACUUCUAGUAGCUUUGCUUCUAAAAAUUCUCAAGGAUAACCAAACGACAUAAAGUGACCUACGGUUUAUAGAACAGCUUUCCCAUUUCGUAAGGGCGUCGAAAUGGGAGAGCGAGAUAUCAAAGAGUUCUUGUAUGCCUUUUUGAUGAAAAAUUACAGAAUUCCGCCAGUUUAUGAUGUCAAGUCCCUAGGAGAUCAAAAUGGCUAUUACUGUGAAUUACGUGUAAAUGGAUUUCAUUAUGUUGCAACUGGAAGAUCAACUUCAAAAAGGAAUGCACAAGCCAAUGCAGCCAACAGCUUUGUUGCUCAUUUGGUUUACAAGGGAGCCAUGAAAGCAGAAGAGAUUCCCAAUAGAAAUGCCGCAAGCAUAGUGAGACAAAUGGGUCUACAUUGUAGUUCAGGUAAUGACACUGCCACUACUGGAAGAUUCGUCCAUCAAACGGAUGAAUAUUCGCAAUUAUGCAGAGAACCUGCUCCAUCCAGCGUUGGAGGAUACUCGGUUGAAAAUGCCAAGGCUAAACUGCACCCGUUUCUGAUGGAAAAUAGAAUUAAAGCAGAUUAUGUUUACGAAUCAUACGGCCCGGAUCAUCAAAAGAACUUCUUUGCCGAAAUGAGUUUUAUUUUUCGUGGUAGAGAGAUAUACGCACGAGAAAAAGGGUGGACAAAGGCUCUCGCCUCCAAAUCGUGUGCCCUGUCGAUUGUAAGACAGUUAUAUGAAAUGAAAUUCAUCGGCCCGGCUGGAACUACUGUGAGUAGCAAAAAAGUGCAAGUGGAAACGAAACCUUUUCCCGUAAUUCUUCGCGACGAAUUGGAAAAAGAAUUAAAUAGAACAAUAAUGGAACAUCGUUUGUUACCCAACAUUGUGAGGAGAAAUCCAAUAGAACCACAAACUCUGUUGGAUGAGCGACUUGCACCGAAAGCGAUGCGCCUCGGGGAUGAAGGCGAUUCACGUUGUAGCUCAAUUGACAUUCCAUGGUCUCCUCCCUCUGCCAACUGGAACACCUGGACCGCUAGUACUAUUGAACGCGGAUAUUUUGCUACGACGUCAAUGGAUACGAUAAGCAAAGACUUAUGGCAAAGGCAAGAGCGUCGCAUACAAUCCGAUGUCAGUCUUCAGAAGGCAUUAGAAGAGCGUAAAUCUUUACCAAUCUACGCCUUCAAAAACGCUGUUAUGGAUGCCCUGUAUAACCAUUCGGUCGUCGUAAUCCGUGGCAACACCGGUUCCGGCAAAUCUACACAGGUCUGUCAAUAUAUUCUAGACGACUAUUUACGAUGGAAGGAGGGUGCACAGUGUUCUGUGAUUGUGACACAACCUCGUAGAAUCUCGGCAAUAUCCGUGGCUGAACGUGUCGCAUCAGAACGACGUGAGGAGGUGGGCGAAUCUGUUGGUUUCAGCGUUCGGUUUGAAAGUACGUUACCCCGUCCUUAUGGUGCAAUUCUUUUCUGCACGGUUGGGGUACUUCUCCGGAGAUUAGAACGUGGCCUUCAUGGUGUAUCGCACGUUAUCGUUGAUGAGGUACACGAGCGUGAUACCAACACCGACUUCUUAUUGAUAAUGCUGCGGGAUUUGGUGAACCGGCAUCCAGAACUUCGCGUCAUUUUAAUGUCAGCCACAAUUGAUACAUCGCUCUUUAGCCGCUACUUUGGCAGGUGCCCAGUAGUCGACAUUCCCGGUAGAGUUCACCCUGUUCAACUGUAUUACUUGGAGGACUGCGUCGAAAUGCUUCGCUUUCGGCCAAGACAGGAGGUUAAAAAGAACUACCAGCGUAAAGAAGAGGAAGAAGAGGAAAAUAUGAAUUUGAAGGUGAUUGGAAAAUAUUCACCCGAAACUAAAAAAACUAUGGCUCUAUUGAAUGAGAAAGAAAUUUGUCUCGAAUUGGUUGAAGAAUUACUUAUUCACAUAAGGCAAAUGAAAAUUCCUGGGGCUGUUCUUAUAUUCCUUCCUGGGUGGAGUACCAUUUUCGCAUUGUUACGUCAUUUGCAACAAAGCCGAUAUGCUAGUGAUUAUCUCCUACUGCCAUUGCACUCGAUGUUGCCGCGAGAAGAUCAACGACGUGUCUUUCAACCUGCCCCCGAGCGGAGAAUGAAAGUCAUAUUGGCCACCAACAUUGCUGAAUCUUCCAUCACCAUCGAUGAUGUAGUCUUCGUCAUCGAUUCUUGUCGCGCCAAUGUCAAACAUUUUACUUCGCACAACAAUAUGCACAAUUAUGCAACUGUCUGGGCAGCUCAAGACAAUCUGGAGCAGAGACGUGGUCGAGCCGGCCGAGUCCGUCCAGGAUAUGCUUUUCGAUUAUGCAGCUAUAGUCGUUUUCAACUUUUGGAAAAAAGUUUAAAGGCUGAAAUCCUCCGCUCACCGCUUCAUGAAACCGCACUAGCCAUUAAACUUCUUCGUCUCGGCUCAAUCGCUCAUUUCUUAAGUAAAGCUUUAGAGCCACCUCCGAUAGAUGCAAUUAUAGAAGCUGAAGUUAUGCUCAGAGAGAUGAAGUGCCUGAACGCACAAGAGGAAUUAACUGCCCUUGGUAGGUUAGUGGCUCGAAUUCCUGUAGAACCAUCUCUCGCCAAAAUGAUUAUCGUUGGAGCCCUUUUCGGCCACGGAGAUGCAAUGUGUGUUCUUGCUGCUAGUGAGUCCGUCAGUGCUGAUGUUUUCUACCUCGGUCUUAACAAACGACUCAACAAUACUCAGCGAUCGUUUACCGGUAACCGUUGUUCUGAUCAUGUAGCCAUGCUCGCUGCAUUCUACGCCUACGAUCAAGUACGGAUCGAAUCUGGUCCUCGCUCACUGCAUGCCUUUUGUGAAGCCAAAGGCCUGUCCUACUCAACACUCCGCGCCUUGCACGAUGCUCGCUGCCAACUUCGUGACAUUUUACUCGGUUUCGGCUUCCCUAAAUCAUGUCUUACUCCAAAGGCUUAUAGGGUGAACGGCAAUGAUCCUGAAUUAGAUACGGUGAUAGGCCUUAUCGGAAUCGGGCAUUACCCCAACAUAUGCGUCCACAGAGAAAAACGAAAAGUACAAAUGGCCGAGGCGCGCUUAGGACCUUCGCUGAUCCAUAAGUCUUCCGUCAACUGCAUCGGCUCAUCAGAUGAAAUUGAAUUUCCGUUGCCAUUUUUUGUUUUCAGCGAAAAAAUACGUGCUGGAACAGUCGUUUGCAAGAACGUGACGUUAGUCACACCACUUCAUUUGAUUCUGUUUGGCGCUAAACGGGUUCAGAUCAUUCCAGAAUCAGGAAUGUGUUUAGUACGCCUUGAUGGGUGGAUUAAUCUUCAGAUAAAUCCACAAACCGUAGCGAAUAUGUUGGUUUUGAAACCUGCUCUUGAUGAAGUCAUUGCCAGAAUAUCUGCUGAUCCCGAAUCCGUUCCCGAUUUUAUGCAGAGUCCACUUGUUAACAUGAUCUCCCGAUUGUGUGAAUUCCAUGCCGCCGAAUAUCCUAGCUCGCCAGCCAGUCAGAAUUACAAACGUCCAUCAGACGAAGGAUCCGACAGUGAGGUGAAAUUUGGCCGCUUCGAGAACCGUGCUGCUUGCUACCGUCCUUCUCCUAUAAGUCAAAAUAACUCAUCGCGUAGGAACGAAUCGACAUAUUCUAAACCGAAUGCACCUGGAUACGCUGGUCAGCGGGGAGUAAAUGGAAAUUGGCGCGCAACUCCUGAGUAUGUACGCAAGCAGGAUAGUUUUUAAAAGCGCAAGAAGCGCAACAGAUACGAUUCUCAAAGGUCAACACCAAGAAUGUGUGGGAGCCUUGCUGCCUAAAAGAAUCAUUUGACUUUGUGUUUACUUGAUAACCUUGUGAAACAGAUGUUUCUGUUGAAAUUCAUUUUUGGAUCUCGGUAAACUAAGACAAAAUCUAGUGUACGUUUCUUCAGUACCUCAUAUGAUAUUAAUGCAUCAAUGAAAUUCAGUAAGUUAAACAAGUUGCUGUGUACUAACUUUUGCAAAAUCCUCUUACUCAAAUACAACGACCAACUCAGAUUGGUCAAAGAAAACAA